CUUCUUUGCUCGAGCCAGGCAAUCAUGAGUGAUCGAAAGGCAGUGAUCAAGAAUGCGGACAUGUCAGAAGAGAUGCAGCAGGAUGCUGUGGAGUGCGCUACUCAGGCCUUGGAGAAGUACAACAUCGAGAAGGACAUUGCCGCUCACAUAAAGAAGGAGUUUGACAAGAAAUACAAUCCCACUUGGCACUGCAUUGUGGGAAGGAACUUUGGCAGCUACGUGACUCAUGAGACCAAGCACUUCAUCUACUUCUACCUCGGCCAAGUCGCUAUUCUCCUUUUCAAGUCUGGUUAGAACCACGGACUGUUACUGAAACUUGCACCCGGUUACAGGACUGUGUGCUGACUCCUCUGACUAGUUACUGCAGCCUUCCUGAGGACGCAGACCUUGAUCUUCAAGGGCAAUGGCAGGGAUUAUGCUGUAGCAGAUGAUGUUACAUUGUGGAUAUAAAGAGGAAAAAUACCAAAAAA